AUGACGGAGGAAAUAACCGGCGAUUGGAGCUACUACGUGUAUAUAUCGCUGACGUUGGUUCCAGUCUAUUUGGCAUUUCGGCUCAUUAAGUCGCUGGGCUGGCAGCUCUUCGUCAACAACUGAGCAAACAUCUGGACCCGAAACUGUAGCUCAAGCUGAAGCUGAAGCUGAAGCAACACAUAUCUGUGGCACAAGCUGAAACUGAAGUUGCAGCCGUCAUCAGGGGAAUCCGUCGUCGCGGAAAAAAGGAAAAGACGAGCGGCCAAAGUCGUUGAGGUGCGUAGUCACUUGAGGUUGCCAGUCAGAAGCGGUCGAGUGCCGAAAGUCGAGUGUCGAUAGUCGAGUGCCAAACAUUCGAAGUUGCACGGUGCCAGCGAAAAAGAAGCGUGUUAUCAAUGUAUAUAUACAUUUUGUAAGAAUGCAAUAAAUGGAAAGCCAGGACUAGAAGAGUGAUAAACGGGGGAGCCUGCAGCAGCUGCUAGGAUUGCCAGGACAGUCGGGACACUGCCAGGAUUGCCAGGAUCGUGUUCUGUUGUGUUGUGCUGCGUUGUUGGCCAAGCCGAGUUGUUGUUGCUGCUUCUGGCUGGCCAAAAAG